UGAAGAGCUUUAUAGCUAAUUGGAUUUCUCCAGCGAAAUAAACAUUGUGAUGUCCACGAGGGCCGACACGGUGGGCACCCAGGUGGAGAGGCGAGGCCGAGCCACGUGGCCGUGUAGCGAGGGAGGGGUGGUGCUGGUGCCCCCCCCCCACCCCGGGUGUGUGUGUGUGUGUGGGUGAGGAAGAGCUUUAUAGCUCAUCGGAUUUCUCGAGUAUAUUCACUAUUCUGAUUCCCACGAGAGCCGGCACGUUGACAGCGCGCGAGUGAGACGGUGGGCCCGGGGAGGAGAGGCGAGGUCGAGACACGUGGCCGGGAAGCGAGCGAGGUUGUGCUGCUGCUGCGGCGUGCUGGUACUGGUGGUGAUCGCGACUCAAAACCUCGGCAGCGGCCGGCCUUGCUGAGGAACGUCGUCGUGAGGGCCGACUUAGACACCAAGGCGUGAGGGAGAGAGAAGCAGCUCCGUCGUCAGAGGGGGGUCCCCGGGUCUUCUUGUGCCCCCCCCCCCCCCCAGAUGGCCGCUCGCCCAGGCGAGGCCUCUGUGCUGCUCGGGCUCUUGGACGGGCCCGUGCCGCCUCGCUCGGCCACCUCAUGGAGCUGCAACAAGAUUGGCGGCGAGCCGGACUGCGUGCCCGGCGUGCCGCUGGUGGGACGCACGGCCUGCGGGGCAUGCGGCUCUGCACAGACACUGGUGGCGCAGCUGUACUGCCCGUUGGAGGGCUCGCCGUACCACCGCGCCCUGCACCUCCUCGCGUGCCCACGCGCCACGUGCUCCACAUCGGCUCGAGGCUGGCGAGCGUUACGUUCUCAGUACUUGGAGCCUGCGCGCGCGGUGCCUGCCCCUGCGCCCACACCCCCACAGGUGGAGCCUCUGAUGUCCACCAAGGACUGGUGCGAUGGGGCGGACGACUGGGGCGAUGACGUCGAUGGGGACGCAGGGGACGCGCCCGCGCAAGCCGUCCCUCUGCCGGACUCCACGGCUCGCGUCCCCCAGCUCCCCCCCCACCCAUCGCCGUCACCGAACCCCGCCAUGGAGCUGUGCCCCGGUAUGGACGGGCUGUCGCUGGGCGGCGGGCGCGCAAUAGCGGCGGCGGCGGCGGCAUCGGCGGCAAUGCCGAGACCGCAGGAAAGCGGCGAGCCAGCGCCUCGGCUGCUGGCGUACUUCCUGAACGCGGUGAGCGAGGAGGACUGCGCGGAGGAGGAGGGGGUGGAGGAGGCCGAGCUAACGCAGCACGCUCGCGCGCUGCUCUCCGAGUACCAGCGCCGGGAGGGCGGCGCCGAUGGGCUGGUGGCGGCUCAGCAGCAGCCGUGGCAAGGCAGUGACAGCGGUGGUGGCAGCGGCGGGGUUGGCGGAGCGCGGGAGGAGUACGAGCCGGCGUGCGCACGCCACGGCGACCGGCUCUUCCUCAAAUUCAUGAAGCGGACGGCGCGGUGCCCUCGCCAGGUGCUGAGGUAUUCGUGGGGGGGAGAGCCCCUGUACGUGAGCGCCCCCGACCCCCACCUGACCGCGCCCCCAACGCCGUGCCCGCUCUGCGGUGCCCCCCGCGUCUUCGAGAUGCAGCUGAUGCCCGCGCUCGUGUGGCAGCUAAGGGGGGCCGAGGGGACAGACUCCGUCCCGGAGUUCGGCUCCGUGCUCGUCUUCACGUGCGCACGCAGCUGCUGGGCCGAGGCCGGUGGGGGCGUCCCCUGUGAGGAGGAGGUGCGGUUUCAGCCGGACCCGGACCAAAGACUCUUUCAGUGACACCGCCACGGCCGCCGGGGGCACGACGAGAGCAACGUCGGGGCAACGACGUUGCCAGCAGCAGCCGCGAUUUCCACGAGCGACAUUGGAAACGUAGUCGCCGCUGCGUUGCCUCCUCCUCCGCCACCACCACCACUACUGCUGUGAGCCACUGUGGAAGCUUUCGUCGUCAGCCCUGCACUGGACCAGCGUGGUGAAGCGUCGUCAAUUCCCGCGACCCCGUGCGGUGUGGACAGGCCUGCACCCAGCAGGGUCGUCGCUGCGACGUGAUGCGGCGGUGGCCUCGCGUGAUGGGGCUCUGCGUUGCGAACGAGCCGCGAUUGGUCUGUGGAGCACAUGGCCUCGGGCAGUCACGUGACCCCCGACUCUUUCUCUGGAUAUCGGUCUGUGUCCAUGCAUUUCUAAAUAAAACAUUUAACUCGUUCAUG